AUGUCUGAUUAACUUCGAGUACAAAAUAUGGCUCUUUGAGGAGAAACCCAGUGGAGAAGCAGUAAAUUUUAAAAUAUUCAAAGAGCAGCCACGAGCUAACCUUUGAGAAGAUGGAGGGUAAGAAGGAUGAAUACAAGUACGAUUAUGCGGAGGGGAGCGAAGAAGCAGAACCACUGGCUACGUACGACGCGGACCGCGGGAACGUUAACAUAGUUUCGCCGACAAUGGUCAGUGCAAGUAGUGGUACCGCUAACAGGAACUUCUUGUAUGUUGCAGCAUGUGCAGGAAAUAUCGCCUCGUUUAUCUGCGGUACCACAAUUGGAUGGACUUCCCCGGAAAUACCCAAACUGAAAGGCGUUAUAGAUAACCCCUUGAGCAGCCCAAUUACAAAAACCGCGGAAGGAUGGAUCGGAUCGCUCCUUCCCCUGGGGGCAGCGAUAGGCCCCUUUGCAGCCGGCAUUGCAGCGGACAAGAUCGGCAGGAAAAAGACCCUAUUGAUCUCUGCAAUACCCUUCAUAAUAACCUUCGUUCUGAAUAUCGUCGCCACGCACGUAUACUACUUCUUCGCCUCAAGAUUUCUAUGUGGGCUGGCAGUAGGAAUAGUCUUCACGGUGCUGCCGAUGUAUAUCGGAGAAAUAGCUGAUGAUGAAGUGCGGGGGUCGCUAGGAUCAUUCAUGCAACUGUUUAUAAUGUUAGGCUUGCUGUUCUCCUACGUUCUUGGAUCAUAUUUAUCAGUACAGACAUUUAAUAUAACCCUCUUGAUCCCUCCAGUUGUAUUUCUUGUGGUAUUUUUAUUUUUCAUCCCAGAAAGUCCGUACUACUUAGUUAAAGCAAGAAACUUUGAAGGUGCUGAGGAAUCGCUGAUGAAACUGCGUUCUAAAAGUAAAGACGACGUACAGAAGGAGUUGGAAACCACUAAAGGGUUAGUGCACGAGGCUCAGGAGAACAAAAAAAAUUUCUUCGACAUCUUCAAAUCCAGAGGACUAACAAUGGCUCUCUUCCUCUCAGUGAGUUUAGUGGGAAUACAACAGUUUUCUGGUAUAAACAUCGUACUUUUCUACGCGCAAGACAUUUUUACUGACGCUGGGGUCUCUCUGGCGCCCGAAAUAUGCACCAUAAUCCUCGGCAUCGUCCAAGUGUUUGCCAGUAGCGCAACUCCACUUUUGGUAGAAAGAAGAGGUAAACGGUUCUUGCUUCUGCUUUCUGCCGCCGGAAUGGGACUGUCUCAAGGGGUAUUGGCGUACUUCUUCUACUUGAAAGACGACAGGCAUACUGACGUGUCUUCCAUCGGGUGGAUUCCCAUCGUUAGUCUCAUCGUCUACAUAAUAACGUACUGUCUAGGCUUCGGGCCUUUACCCUGGGCUGUGAUGGGUGAGCUAUUCCCGGGUAACAUAAAAUCGGCUGCUUCCACAGUCACGGCAUCGGGCUGCUGGUUUCUUGGAUUCCUGCUGACAAACUAUUUCGGAAUUGUGGCUGACAGCAUAGGAAAAUCGGGAUCCUUUGGGAUUUUCUCUGUGUGCUGUCUUGGAGCAGUAGUAUUUACGUAUAAGCUCUUGCCAGAAACUACGGGUAAGAGCCUGCAGGAGAUCCAGGAUAUAUUAAACGGAAACACACCCAGCGGCAAAGAAUAAUUUUUAUUUCUUUUAUCCCAUUGACUUUAUUAUGUAUAUCAUUUAUUUAUUUGUUGAUAUCAUUUUAUUGUUGAUGCAUGUGAUUUUAUGCGAUAGAACAGAAAUUUUCAUGUGUAAGUAUUUAUUUUCUGUAGUUAUUUAUAAAAACACCGUACUCAGUAUGUUUCAGUACUGCGUUAAUGUUUAUUUUAUUUAUAAGAAACUAUAUGUAGAUGUUUUAAAAUAUAUUUGUAUUUGUUAUUUUAUA